AUGGCCACAGGUUUGAUGUUGCUGGCCUUGGUCAGCUUCGUCUGCGUCGGUCCGGCCGCCAGCGAGGGUGAGAAUCUCUUGACAGAGCUUGCGGAUGAGGUACUUUCCAACAAGCAGGCGCUCCUGAGUGUCCCAUGGGAAAUAUACAGGGACACGCCGACGUUCAGGGAUGUUGGCUACGUGGGCGAGUUUCCAAUUAGGGAUUCUGCUGCUACUGAGAUACACCUGAGCUCGUUGGAGACUGCACGGGAAAUCCAAGGAUUCCCACCAAACGUUCUGAUUGGCAGGGCCUUGGUCAAAGACACCCUCAAUGUUACACAGCCACCUUCGAAUUUCCGCUACGGGGGAAAAGGAGGUGAGGAGAUCAAGCACCUGAAUGGCUUGACGAACCCCGCGGGCGACCUGACUGUGUGGCAGUGGCAGAGGAUGAGGUGGUCUGCUGCAAAGGGCUGGCUGGAAUACUGGGCUGACCGGGGGAUUGGGAGCGAUACGCGGUUGGCCAUCAUCCACUCCAACGGUGAUGUCCUGUACGGCGGCUGCGACGAGAACACGAUUGUCUACAAGUACAACAGGAUCGUCACCGCGAGCGGCGGCUCGCAGAAGAUCGUCAUGGCGGCGGAGCUGAGCCCUUGGCCAGCCGACCUUGGGUGGAGCUACAACCUGACCAGCUCGAGCUGG